CACUGCAACCCCCUGCUGUGUUUUACGCUUGAAGCGGAGAGUGUGAGUGGAGGAAGAAGGGCAGCCCGGGGGCAACUUUUCGAGUGGAACAUCACAAAAAUAGCUUCUCGUGCUGUCGGAAAAUGGCUCAAAUAACGAGCGAAGGGGCCGAACAAGAUUCUCAGCCGACGUCGGACCAAAACGGCACCGGUGAAACGGCGGAAACCGGCAAGGAGGGACAGGCCGUGCCGGACCCCAAACAGAAACCGGGCGACAACAACGAGAAGAGAACAGGAAUGGACGUGAACAGUGGUCGCGGUGCGGCGGCGGAGCAGCACGGGGACAGCCCCUCUCCCGCCCCCGACUCCGACAAAGAAACAACGAUACCGACUGAAAAAGCAGACGACGGCGAAGGGGAACCCGGCGGUGAACUCUCUGAACCGGGGAAAAGUCCCGUGCAGGGGAGUUUGGCGAGUAGCACUGAUUCCGCACAAGAGGGCUCCCGGGUGCUGAAACAAGAACAAAGAGAGGGGGAGAACGUGUCCUCCUCGCCGCCCGCAGAGCGCACAAAGACCGCGGAGAAAGCCGAGCACGGCACCAAGAGGCGGGCCAGCGUGGAGCUGACCUCGUCGGAUGGAGAGCCGCUGAGUCGGAUGGAUUCAGAGGACAGUAUUGGCAGCACCCUGAUGGACAUGGAGAGCACGGCGUCCAGUGGCCGCUCCACCCCAGCCAUGCUCAACGGUCACGGCGGGGGCGUGGUGGCGGGGAGCGGCUCGGCACCCGCAGGGGGCAAGUCUCUGAGCUACACGUGCUGCUGGGACCACUGCCAGCUCCUGUUUCCCAGCAGCCCCGACCUAGCAGAACACAUCAGAGCAACGCAUGUGGACGGACAGAGAGGAGGGGUGUUUGUGUGUCUGUGGAAGGGCUGCAAGGUGUACAACACCCCGUCCACCAGUCAGAGCUGGCUGCAGAGACACAUGCUGACCCACAGCGGGGACAAGCCAUUCAAGUGCGUGGUGGGAGGCUGCAAUGCCACAUUUGCCUCUCAGGGGGGGCUCGCCCGUCACGUUCCCACUCACUUCAGCUCACAGGGUUCAUCCAAACUGUCCAAUCAGGGCAAAGUAAAGGAGGAGUCUCCAUCCAAGGCCGGCCUCAACAAGAGGAGGAAACUCAAGAACAAACACAGACGCUCCCUCCCCCGACCUCACGACUUCUUCGACGCUCAGACCAUGGACGCCAUCCGCCAUCGAGCCAUCUGCCUCAACCUGGCAACACACAUCGAGAGCCUGGGCAACGGACACAGCGUGGUGUUCCACAGCACGGUAAUAGCCAGGCGGACAGAGGACUCUGGGAAAGUGAAGGUCUUGUUGCACUGGACACCUGAAGACAUACUGCCAGAUGUGUGGGUGAAUGAGAGCGACAGACUGCAGCAGAAAACCAAGGUGGUUCAUCUGUCCAAGCUACCCACAGACACAGCUGUACUCCUGGACCCCAACAUCUACAGGAUGUUCUUCUAACCAUCUCCAGAGGAACUCCACUGUCACUUCCUGCUAAUCCAACCUCGAGGAGGAGGAUCGUCUUCAUCUCUGCGUUCCUCUUUUCCUCUCCUCCCUCUCCCAGAGGAUGCUGGGAGUUUAGUGACUUACUUGUCAUGGCUGUCUGAGGCCUCCAGUGUUCAUUAGGUGCUGAGUUUACUGAGGACAUGUAGGGGGAGAUGUUGCUUGUUUUAGGUAACAACCAUAGUGAGAACUAACUGACAGAAGUGUAACUGUAGACAGUUAGACACACGUGUAGAGAGACGCUGUCUUUGUAAAUACUUGAGAUUUGUAAUAUAUUUUUAUACUUUGAAUUUUUUUACUGGACUGUAGAUAGAUGUCUUUUUUCAGCCAAACAUUUUUAAAAUAGAUGUUUUAAAAACUGAUAAUGAUGGUCAUGUGAAUAUAGCUGGCAUUGCUCUGGUUUAAUGUCAUUAAACUUUUCCAACCA